AUGGGGUCCCCGGGCGUGGUGCUGGCCCUCCUGGCGCAGUUCUGGGCCCUGCAAGGAGCCACCCGCCUGUGCGUGCAGCAGCGAUCCACACCCCUGGAGGUGAAGCAGGGUGAUCGGGCGACCCUGGAAUGCUGGGUGACCCAGGCGCCCCCCUGGGAACGGCUCCGGGUGGGGUGGACCAAGGAUGGAGACGUGCUGUGCCAGCCGUACGUCACCAAUGGUAGCCUCAGCCUGGCGGCCUGCGGGCCCCGGGGACAACUCUCCUGGCAGGCGCCCGGCAACCUCUCCCUGAAGCUGGACCCUGUGCGUGUCAAUGACAGCGGCCACUACAUAUGCUGGGCGGUCAUGGAGAUCCCGGAGCUGGACAAGGCCGACGGCAACGGAACGCAGCUCCUGGUAGACCCAACUGGGCAGCCUCCAGGGACCGCCGCCAAGCUCAGCGGCUGCCAGAGGAGGGGCGCCCAGGGCGGCGGCGAGGGCAACGCCCUAAGUGCCUGUCCCCUCUGGGUCUGUCCCCCCUCCCCAGGACAUUCACUCUACAGCAACGUCCUCCCCAGACCCCCGAGGGUCCCGAGGAGGAACCAGGCCUGGCCGGGGAAGGGGCUGGACACGCCCAGGGCCGGCCGGAGGGUCCAGAGCAUCUACUCAACCUCAUUCCCCAGCCGGCCUGCCACCUGCCGGCCCCCUGGGCCCAGCUGCCGUCCCAGGCCCAGCCACCCCGGUGCUCCGGCCGGGGUCUCUCCUGGCCCCGGCCCAGCUGGGCAGCCUCGGCCCACGGGGCUCCCCAAAGGUGGAAAAGAGCCAGGGGCCCCGGGAGACACAAAGGGGACCCCCUGUGGCUACAUGAAGGUGUAA